AUGUUUCACCAUUCUUUUCUUAAAAUCACUGUGCUAGUCUCCUUAUGCCUCGGAGCACUCCUUGUGUCAUCAAACCCCGCGCCGCACUCGCCUUACUUCACACUAGAAUGCCGCGGCUUUUUCUCAGGAGGUAGUCAUCAUGAGGCGAUCGUUGCAUGUCAACCGGGCAGGGAUUCACUUGCCCAAAAAAAUUGCAAAAACUGGGGCUGUUUCCAUUCGGGAAAUAAAUGGGUCGAAUUGGAUAACUGCAUACUUGAUGGCACCAGCAGUGGCUUCAGCAAACAACAGUGUGUGGGGUACAGUUGGCUGCCUGAUCUUGGACGAUUUGGUUGUCACAAUCACGGACGUUACUUUUAUCAGUGCGACGGGACCCCAGAGACAAUCCCGUUCAUAACCUGUACAAUGUCAUGCUAUGAUGAUUAG